AUGCUGAAGCCCGGCGACCCGAGCGGCUCGGCCUUCCUGAAGGUGGACCCGUCCUACCUGCAGCACUGGCAGCAGCUCUUCCCUCAGGCGCAGCUGAAGGCUCCUCUGGCCCCGCCGCCGCCUCCACCUGACCGUCUCUCCGUCCCCGUGGACGGCCUGCGCCCGUCCCGCCUGCACAGCCACCUGCUGGCCUCCACACACUGCACCUCCUCCCCCUCCUCCUCCUCUUCUACAUCCUCUUCGGCGGCUCCUUCUUCGGCGGCUCUCACCCCAUCCUCCUCCAUCUCCAUCUCCGCCUCCACAGGGCUCUCCCAGCUGCCCGUGCCCCAGCAGAUCGCGCUCUUUGGGCAGGCUUUGGCCCCGGUGUGCCCCGGCGGUGGGGGAGGAGGAGGACCGGGAGGAGGCGGAGGGGGAGACCUGGUGGUGGUCAUCCCUCCGGAGAACCAGCUGGGUCACAACCCGGCGGCGGGGCUGCUCCACCAGACCAAAGAGCAGGGCUGCGGGGGGGUGGGGGUGGUGUCGUCCAGCGUGAAGAGCAGCGGCAGCGGAGCAGGUGGCGAGGAGGGCGGCAAAGGAGCGACGCCACGGUUCAAACUGACGUCGGAGGAGCUGGACUACUACCUGUACGGACAGCAGAGGAUGGAGAUCAUCCCGCUGAGCAACCACACGGGAGAGCUCAACAACCGCUGUGACAUGUGCGCGGACAACAGGAACGGCGAGUGUCCGAUGCACGGCCCUCUUCACUCCCUGCGUCGACUCGUCGGCACCAGCAGCUCGGCGGCUCCCGUCACCCUGCCGGACGUCCCCGAUUGGCUCAGAGACCUGCCCAGGGAGGUGUGUCUGUGCACUAGUACAGUUCCUGGUCUGGGUUACGGGAUCUGUGCGGCUCAGAGGAUCCCUCAGGGAACCUGGAUCGGCCCGUUCCAGGGAGUCCCGCUGCUGCUGGACAAACUGCAGUCCGGAGGCGUCAGGAACACACGACACCUGUGGGAGAUCUAUGAUGCAGAGGGGACGUUGCAGCACUUUAUCGAUGGUAAUGAUCCCAGUAAAUCCAGCUGGAUGAGGUACAUCCGCUGUGCCAGACACUGCGGAGAGCAGAACAUGAUGGUUGUACAGUACAGGUCCUGUAUCUUCUACAGAGCAUGCAUGGAUAUCCCCAGAGGAACAGAGCUGCUGGUCUGGUACAAUGACUCCUACACUUCGUUCUUCGGCAUCCCGCUGCAGUGCAUCGCUCAGGACGAAAACUUAAACGUCCCAGCCACGGUGGUGGAGGCCAUGACCAGGCAGGAGUCUCUCCAAUCCUUCAGCAAGAACAGCAAACCCUCCUCCUCGUCUUCCUCCUCCUCUACCCCCUCCACCACCCUCAUGCGCUCCAUGGUCUUCCCCCACUCCCCUUGCUCUAGGAGUUUCUCCCUGUUAGACAAGGUCGGGGUCGGGGUUCAGUCGGACUCGAGUUUCGGCCAGUUGGGGUCAAAGAACCAGCGAGUCCUGGCAAGCCCAACCUCUACCAGCCAGCUGAGUAGCGAGUUCAGCGACUGGCACCUGUGGAAGUGUGGCCAAUGCUUCAAAACCUUCACCCAGAGGAUCCUUCUGCAGAUGCACGUCUGUCCGCAGAAUCCUGACAGACCGUACCAGUGUGGCCACUGCUCCCAGUCCUUCUCUCAGCCAUCAGAGUUGAGGAACCAUGUGGUGACGCACUCAAGUGACCGACCCUUCAAAUGUGGAUACUGCGGCCGGGCGUUCGCCGGUGCCACAACGCUCAACAACCACAUCCGCACGCACACCGGAGAGAAGCCGUUCAAGUGCGAGCGUUGCGACCGCAGCUUCACACAGGCCACUCAGCUCAGCCGCCAUCAGCGACUUCCUAACGAGUGUAAACCAGUGAACGAAAGCAGCGAGUCCAUCGAGGUGGAUUAACCCCCGACUGUUUACUGACUGUUGACUGACUGAGACCACAUCCACAUUAAGGCAGCUGAAUUUGAAAAUGCAUCUUUUUCCCUCUGUUUUGUCCCUCAACGUUUUUCUCAGCAAAAAAUGAAGAUUUAAAAAUUUUUUUAAUUUUUUUUAAAAUUUCAAAUUCCUGAGCAGAUAAAUGGGAAGACACCAGCUUCAUGUUUUACUUCAGCAAUACACAAGCACUAUGAAGCAUCCAUCCAUCCAUUCAGUCCACUCUGAUGCAGACCUCCAUUUUACUGUCACUGUCCCCAGAAACAAAGCUCCUGAGAGCUGAGAGGACAGCAGGAGGACAGACUGUCUUCACCAGGCCGACUGAUAUCAGAAAUUUGAUGGACAAAAAUAGUUUCACAGUGUUCUCCAUGAGGCAUACGGGAAGAAAACUGCAAUGUUUUAUUUACUAUUUUACCCCCCCCCCACUAUUACAUGCCUAUGGUGAAACCAGAAAGCUCACAGUGAGACUGAGGGCCUUGAUCAGUUGUUACAAAUAUGAAGCUACUGUGCAGACGUUUGAGGCAGUAAAGGUAAAGUGAGGACGCUUUCAAAGUGCGGAUAGUUUUUUUAAUUAUCAAUUAAUUUCAUAGAAAGUGCAGUCAACUGAGAAAACCUAACUCAAUAUCUGUUGCGACCAAGUGUACUUACAGUUUUUCAGGUUGUUGGCAGGUUGGUCGUUCCAGCAUCUUGAAGAACCUGCCACAGUUCCUCUGUGGAUUUAGGCUGUCUCAUUAUCUUCUGUCUCUCCGUGCGAUCCCAGACUGACUCAGUGAUUUUCAGCGAUUCUUUAUGACUCUAGCUGUGAGUUUGGGCUUGUCCUGCUGCAGAAUGAAUCAGGGACAGAUCAGGCGCCUCCCUGACAGUGUUGUGAAGAAUCUAAGCGUCUGAAGCGCCUAAAACUUUUGCACCAUCUGUAGUUGCUGUAGAGUUCAAGACAUACGUAUAGAUUGAACGUAUAUGAUUUGAACGGCUUCCUGUAGAUGUUAGAAUCAGUAAGCAUGCCAUAGGGAGAAAAAUACGCACAGAAAAAUGUGCGGUGUGCUGUAGUAACACACCAGUUUUGGAGUUUGUUUGGGUUGUGACAUUUGAUUGAAUGAAAGUGUAUCUGAUCUGUGAGGGCAGCAAGUAACGAACAUGAAAAUCGCUUCAAAAAUUGCUUUAUGUUGCCCUUUAGUGUGAAGGACAAAAACAUUGCUUUUGGAAAACCACAACGGAAGCCUUUCAAGUUAGGGUCUGUCCCCUCUUACUCACUCUGUGAUUGCUCAUUUUAAAUGUUAAUAUAGCCUGUCUCAGGACCAGGUAAAUAGGUAGCAUUAAGGAUCUGGAAUCAAAUCACUAUUUUAUACUUUUUCAGUUGUCUGACAGUAGAACCAAAAAAUAUGUAAAUGAGAACAACUAAUGUGUGAGAUAGUCUAAAUUAAAAUACAUUGUAGGUGAUGAUGGAGAAAAAGGAAGCCAGAAGAGAUUUUAUUGUUUUCCUGUUGUCCUGGCAUUUCAGUGUGGACGGAGAUGUUUAUGGACAACUAGACGAAAUUGAAAACUGUUCUUUAAGAGCAUUUUCAGAUUUAGCUGGCUUAGUGUGAACGUUGUCUGACUGUUUACAGCUUUUUGACUUCGCCGACUGACUGACUGACUUCUGGAGAGCAGCGACAUUGAAGCUUCAUUCAUCCUGCUGGAGAGAAUCCUGAUUCAACCAAACCAAAGAUCCUUUUUUUUUUCCUGCAGAGAAGCAAACCUUUCAGAUGGAGGAGUCAGAUUAACAUACAGUUUUUUGGACGAGGAUAUUUAUUGGAGACUUUUGGGAACCCCGUCUGGUUUCCCUCCAAAGAAAACUCUUUCUUGAAACCGGGACAAAGACAUUGAAAUACCAAAAAAUUCAGACUGACGGUCUGUCUCUAGCUUUAUCUCUCGGUUUCUAUUUUCUUUUUGCAACAGCGAUGCCAAAGGAGGGCGCGACCAAAGUAAACAGACUGCGAAUGCACAACAAGCAACAACACAAAUGUCUGAGGACAACACUCGAGUUUUACAUCACAGAAUGAACAAAAUAAAAGACAAGGAGUAUGUAUUGUAAAAAAAAAAAAAAAAAAAAAAAA